UUUAUUGUUUUUCAAGUUGACACAUUCUUGAGUCAAAAAAAUAAAAUAAAAAAAAUUGACAAAUUGUUUGCCAUAUUCCAAAAACAAAAGAAUUCAAACAAAAAACUGAACAAUGAAUUGAAAUCGGUUCUGAAUCCAAUCAAAGAUCAAACAAUCCUUAAAUCGAAGAAUGUCGAGUACGAAGAGGAACGAAGCUAGCAGUAGCAGCAGCAAAACCCCAAAGGAAAGCGUCGUUGCUGAUUGCGGAAAGCGUCGAAGCUCUUGUGGUUAUUGUAGAUCUCCCCGUCACAAUAGCAUCUCUCAUGGCAUGGUGGCAUAUAGCCUCACAGUGUAUGACUACCAAGCUCUUCUUGACCGGGGCUGGAGAAGAUCUGGAAGUUUUCUUUAUAAACCGGAGAUGGAAAAAACGUGUUGCCCUUCCUAUACAAUCCGCUUGAAAGCAAGUGACUUUGUUCCCUCUAAGGAACAACUUCGUGUAUCUAGACGAAUGCAAAGGUUUUUAGAUGGAACCUUGGAUGUUAAAAGAGUUGAUGCCAUGGAGGAACCAAAUACUUCAAACAAUUCAGAAAGCCUUGUCCAUAACAACCCAUCAUGCUCCAUGUCAGAAGAAUCUCCAUCUGUUAGCAAUAAAGAGGUGGAUGAAGUUGAAAAAUCUUUGCACUAUUUAUCCGAUCAGAUUGACAAUGCAGUACACAUGUUCACUGAGAACGGGGAAUUUCCAUCUGGUAUUCAAUUACCAAAAGCUUCAGUCAGAAUGGUUUCACAGGGGAAAAAGAAGGUAUUAGCCAAUGGGUCCGAAGACCUCUUAUAUAGUAGCAAUAUAGCCUUUCAAGUUGCUGCAUCUAUAAACCGAGCAAAGUCAAGGGACAAGGAUGGGAAUGAUUCUAAACCAUCAAGAGAUAGUGACAAGGAGAAUGGAUUUUCUCCUAAAAUUAUUGCAGAAAAGCUGGUAGCAUCUUUAGAUUCAACAGUGAACAUUUCUGGUCUGUCUAUCAGGGCUUGCAAUGGUCAUGUCAAUUUUUAUACUUCUAGUAAGCAAGUUUCCCAAAAUGGAACUGUUCAAAAAGCUGCAAUUCCAAAGAAGUCUGCAACGAAUCGUAAUAUUGGAGGAAACCGAAAGCUUGAGAUUCGUUUGAACAGAUCCAGUUUUGAUCCAGAAGAAUAUGCUUUAUAUAGAAAAUAUCAGAGAAAAGUACAUAAUGAUAAACCAGAAAAUUACACAGAAAGCUCAUAUCGCAGGUUUUUGGUUGAUACUCCAUUAAUAUAUGUUUCACAUACUGGUGAUAACACAGUUCCUCCUUGUGGUUUUGGCUCUUUCCAUCAACAGUAUUUAGUGGAUGGUAAAUUAGUGGCAGUUGGGGUUAUAGAUAUCCUUCCUAACUGUUUAUCGAGUAAAUAUUUGUUCUGGGAUCCAGACUUUGCCUUUCUAUCACUAGGCAAGUACUCAGCUCUUCAAGAAAUUGGUUGGGUGAAAGAUAACCAGGCUUAUUGUCCUAGUCUCCAGCACUAUUAUCUUGGCUACUAUAUUCACUCUUGCAACAAGAUGAGAUACAAAGCUGCAUAUCGCCCUUCAGAGCUACUAUGUCCUCUUCGCUAUCAGUGGGUUUCAUUUGACAUUGCAAGGCCUUUGCUUGACAGAAAGCGUUAUGUUGUCUUAUCAGAUGCUUCCAUUUUACAAAAUGGAGAGUCAUCCCCAUUUCAAGUUGCUGAAGAUCAAGACACAAUGUUAAGCCAGGUUGAUGAGAGUGGUCAAGAAGAUGCAAAUGAUGUUCCAAUGCAUGGAGAUGAAGAUGAAGAUGAAGAAAUGGUUGAAUCUGAAUUGGAAAGCUCUGAUGAUGAACCUGAUAUAGAAACUACUUCAAAUGGUGAACCAGAAAAUGGCGAUUUCAGCAAAGUUUUGCUAGGGAUAAAGGGAUCUCGUGUGAGAUACAAGGAUCUGCAAAGUGUGUUUGGUCGUGAGCAGCAAAGAUACUUGGAGUCACAGUUGCAGAAAUACAGGAGGGUUGUCGGUCCAGUGUUAUCUGAGCGAAUGGUCUACUCUCUCGGUUAAUUUAUAUCUCGGAACUUGAAUCACAUAACAUGCUACUGCUAUUCUCCCCAGCAAAUAAGAUCCUGUAUCCAGCAGCUGGAGCUGAAUUUGAUCCCCAUUUGUCUCUAGGAAUGGCAUCAGCUGUAACAAUUAUGUGAACUAAGUUUUUGGUUAAUAGUUUGUUUUAUUUAACAUGUCUGGUUUGUUCAUCAAAUUUCUUGUGCAUUUGCAUAUACGGAAUUUAAUUUAAUGGUGUAUCUAUUUGCCAGCAUUAGUUGCUGAAUGUGGAAUGAAAUCAAUAGAUUUGCGGUCUUUAGUUGAAGCAUCAA